AUGUUGUUCUUAGGUCUCUACCUUGUGGCUAUUGGUGUUGAGGGUAUAAAGAGAUCAUUACCAACACUAGGAGCCGAACAAUUUGACGAAAAUACCCCCAAAGGAAGGAAGCAAAGAUCAACCUUUUUCAAUUAUUUCAUAUUUUGUUUAAUAUGUGGUGGUCUAAUUGUUGUCACCUUGGUGUUAUGGAUCGAAGAUAAUGUAGGGUGGCAAUGGGGUUUUGGCAUUUCAACCAUAGCCAUCUUGUUGUCAAUUGUUAUCCUCCUUGCUGGUUCAGUCUUCUAUCGUUGCAGGAUACCCAAUGGAACCCCUCUCGCAACCAUGUUUAAGGUGGUGUGCGCAGCAUCUUUAAAUGUUUCUAAGGUCGCCAACUCCGAUGAGCAGCAGACGAAAGAGAAUGAGACAAACAGAGCAAGACUUUCAAACACCCUCGAGUGGUUAAACCGCGCGGUUGAAAACAAACCAGCCAAUAGAUUACUCGCGUGCUCUAUUCAAGAGGUAGAAGAUGUCAAGAUCAUGCUGCAAAUUCUUCCUAUAUUUUGCACCAUUAUACUUAAUUGCUGUUUAGCUCAACUCUCUACGUUCUCCGUCCAACAAGCCGCGACAAUGAACACGAUGCUUGGCUCGUUCAAAGUCCCACCUGCGUCGCUACCUGUUUUCCCAAUCGUCUUCUUGAUGAUCAUGACACCACUCUACGAUCAUAUUAUAAUCCCAUUUGCACGAAAAUGGAAAAAAUUUGAGAUGGGCGUGUCUCAUCUCCAAGGAAUUGGCUUGGGUCUAUGUUUCUUCAUUUUAGCCAUGGCUGUCGCAGCUCUAGUCGAGCUCCAACGCAAGAAAGUUUCCAAAGUUGCGAUGGUGGCACUACUGCCUAUUUCGUUCCUGUGGAUUUCGUUUCAGUAUUUGUUUUUGGGAUCUGCUGAUCUUUUCGUGUUGGCAGGAUUGAUGGAGUUUUCGUUUACAGAAGCGCCCGUUAGAAUGAGAUCUUUGGCUACUUCGUUUUCUUGGGCGUCUUUGUCCAUGGGUUAUUUUCUUAGUGGCGUGAUCGUCUCGGUUGUUAAUGGUGUUACUGGCGCCAGAUACCACCGGCAGCCAUGGUUCUCCGGUGAGAACUUGAAUCACCAUCAUCUUGACAGGUUUUACUGGUUAUUAUGUGUUUUGAGUUUGUUGAAUUUGGAAAUUAUCUUUUUUGGGCGAAUCGUUACAAUUACAAAUCAAUAUCAGGAAACAUUUAAGAUCAUAUGA